AUGCAAGCCUUUGAGCACGAAGACAAGCAAAGCGCUGUUGUAAAAGGGCAGGCAGCCGUCCACCGGUGCUCCGAUGAGGUCGAAUUCUUUGGGAAGGAACAUCAUACCUUCAUGGGGAGUGAGGAUUUUGCUUUUUACUUAGACAAGUUGCCUGGAUUCAUGUUGUUUUUAGGCGCAAGAAAUGAGAAGAUAGGAGUCAUACAUGCACCGCAUAGUCCUCACUACAUCCUCGAUGAGGAUGUGCUUCCCAUUGGGGCUGCCAUACAUGCAGCUUUUGCCCAUUCUUUUCUAUCAGAUUCAAUUGGGAAGUUGCACCUUCAUAAUUUAUGA